AUGGACGUGGCACUGAUGGAUCAACUGAUCCGUGAGCACACAUACGGUGGGCUUUUUUUUGCCGGCGCCGACGAGCGCGAGUCUGAUUCCGAGAGCGAGAGAGAAGAAGAAGAUUCAAACGAUGACGACGAAGCUAGUGGCUUGGAGGGAGAAAAGGAGGAGGAGGAGGAGGAGGAGGAGGAGGAGGAGGAGGAGGAAGAGCCAGCUUCUCCGGCCGGGCGCAAUGCCAAGAGGAGCAGCGGCGGCGGUGGCCGAGACAACGAAGAAGAGGAGGAAGAGAAAGGAGGUUCGGCGGCGGGAGAGCGUGGCGAUGGCAGCGGGAGGAGGCUGAACGGGAAGGGCAAGAAGAGAGGAGAGGGGGCGGCGGCGGCGGCGGCGGGGGGGGGCGGGGCGGUUGGGGGGGGCAAGGCAAAGAAGGCCAAGAAAAAGAAGACCAAGGACAAGGCGAAGGUCGCCAUCGACGUCAUCGUCGAGCGAGAAUGCCGCUACAACCCCGUGCCGUGGAGCAAGCGGCAGAGGCGAACAUCGGCAAACACGGUGGAUAUACUCCGAGCACGCCAACAGGGGUUCAACUCCAGGCGGCCGGCAUCGGCACCGUUGGGCGGGAGUUUCAUCCCCAACACUUUCUGCCGCCCCCUGGGCCGGUCCCAGCAGAAGAUGUUCUGCGGUCGGUUCUCCACUUCGGGCGACGUCCUUCUCACGGCAAGCCAGGACUCGGUCAUCAACCUCUACGAUUCCGAGAGCGUUUAUCGCUGGAGCGCCAAGUCAGCAGACCCGGAAGAGAACUACAGAGACGAGUUCCCGGGCUUCACCCGCGGCAUGUUCCGUUCCAGCCGGCGGAGGCUGUGGCACGGUGCCCCCAAGCCGCUCAAGACCAUCAGGUGUCUCGACACGGCGUGGAGCGUGAUCUCGACCGACUUCUCGCCCGACGAGAAGUGGCUGGCGUACUCGAGCUGGUCCCCGUACGUUCAUCUAUGCAACACUCGAGGCGACUACGAGCUGCACCAAGCUCUCGACUUCCAGCCGAAGCCCGGUGACUCGUUCUGCCUUUUCGCCAUCCAGUUUUCCCCCAGCAACACACACAUCCUGGGCGGCGGAUCCGACAACCACGUCUACCUCUACAGCCUCGAGAGGAAAGAGCGAGUGGCGCGCAUCAGCGCCCACGACGACGACGUGAACGCUGUGGCCUUUGCAGAUUCGGGAUCCCAGGUUGUACUAUCCGGCGGCGACGACUGCGUGAUCAAGAUCUGGGACUUGCGCUCUCCCGAUGCGGCGGUGGGGGGUCUCUGCGGACACCAGGCGGGGAUCACGUGCAUCACCGCCAAGGGCGACGGGCGCCACUUCAUCUCCAACAGCAAGGACCAGACCAUGAAGCUGUGGGACAUGCGUCGCAUGCUCGACCCUAAGGACGAUAAGAUGAAGAAGGCCGCCCAUAUCCCGCACUGGGACUACCGACAUAUGACCAUGUCCCUCCCCGCGCUGAGGCCGAUCAAGAGCAAGAGGGCCUCAGACGAGUCCGUCAAGACAUUCCACGGCCACAAGGUGCUGCAGACGCUCAUCCGCUGCUACUUCUCGCCCACGCACACCACGGGCCAGCGGUUCGUCAUGUCCGGGAGCGCGGACGGCAGUGUUUGCAUCUGGGAUAUUCUCACCGGCAACAUGGUGGAUAGCCUUUCUUGGCACACCGGCAACACUCGCGACGUCUCGUGGCACCCUCACCUCCCGCUCAUCGCGUCCUUCUCGUGGGACGCGGCGGUGGGCCUGUGGAGCUACAGCGGCGGCGCCCGAGACGAAAACACACGGAAAAGCGCGGGGAGGGGGGUAGAAGACAGGAAUAGAGGGGUGGAGAACGAUACGUAAACUUGUGGCUCUCAAAUAUGGUACACCCACCGCAUCUUGCCCUUUUUCUUUACGUUGUUUGGUGUUGGGAUUGUCUCUUCAUCGUACGUAGCGAUCGCGUCAGUCGCCCGUGCGCCCUGUCAUGCCAUCGUGCAUGUUGUAUGUGUGUGAACAUGUUUCCGUUGGCACCGUUUGGUCAAAGCCGCCCUUUAGUUUUUCCAGCACGCCGGCGGUGGCGGUGGCACUACACAUUGGCGAGGCCCGCACAUCCAGUACUACUACGCACCUCCACCCGUCCUUGCGGACAAGCAUCCCCCCGGCGCUUAUUGGUUUGCCCCUCCCCCCGGAAAAGGCUACAGUAGUGUGAGUAGGGGUCCUUGGUCAGCUUCCCUGGGUGACGUCGCCGAUCGGACAAGGAUUUUCGGCGACAAAGUUGCCAACCAGCAAGACCAAAGCGGGUGCGUGCACGUGUAGUACUCUUUUCUUCUCUACCGAUAGGCUUUUGUAUUACAUAUCUGUCUGUCGACGCUCGGAUUCUCCAUCAUCUGUUGCACCUACUUGUCGGCAUUUUUUUUCUUUUCUUCCGUAAAUUAUCCCCCCUUUUUUUUGUACAUUUCGAUCGUGGUUCUGUACAUGU